AUGGCCCGACUCUCCGUCGCCGUCGCCGUCACGUUCUUCUUGCUCGCCCUCUGCCAUGCCCGUAUUCCGAUAGAUCCGUCCGAAAAAGAUGCCGUCUUGCCAGAUCCGGCACCCAAAACGUACAUCCCCUCCAACGAGCAACCCGAGUCCGAAGCCGCAACCUUGGUCGAGUGGAAAGCCGAGUCAACGGUAUCCGAAGCAGAAUCGGAGCCGUUGACCAUGAUCAGCUUCAAAGCCGAGACACCGGAAUCGGAAUCAAAAUCGGAGCCGUUGAUAACGACCAGCUUCCGUCCGGUCAACCGCCACUUCCGCCCGUUCCCGUUAACGUCCCGUCGAGGCCACCGUUGCCGCCAUCACCGCCGCGAAAACCACAUCCAGAUGUUCAAGCCGUGGGGCCCGCGCUUCCCCGACCGCGAGGUCCCGUACGGAAACGACAUGAUCAUGCCCCCAAAGGAGGAUUCGCGUCCGGAUCCGGAGUUCCGGGGCGGAGCACGUGAGAUGUGGGCUAGAUUGAGCCACGCGGGGCACAGGUUCCACCGCGAGGAUGAUGACGAGGAGAGGAGCGAGCACAUGAAGAAGAGGCACCACCACCACCAUCAACACGUGGAGCGAGAUGAGAGUGAGAGAGAGGACGAUCACCAUCACGAGCACGAUCACCAUCACGAUCACGAGCACGGGCACGAGUCUGGGUUUAUGAAGAGUGUGAGCAAGUUUCUGGAUCUGUUUUGA